GCAGCAGCAGUCUGCUCUCCUCACUCCUUGUCUUUACAUCUCCUCUUGUGGUGUGUGUUUUCAUUUUUUCCCCCUUUUAAUCCCUCUUUUCUUUUCUUUUUUUUUGCAAAGGGAAACGUUGGAAAAUUCAUACUCUCUCAGGCUGGAUUCACUCGUUUUCACCAAUGGAUGGAGUUUAUUCCCCAGCAAGUACGGUGACGUCUUGAAAACUUCACACACUGUGCUGGGUGCUCCUCCUGAGGCGUUCAUUGGCAUGGAGCAGCACGGAGGUGCGGGAGGGGGAGCGGAGAACCCCGGCCCUCAGGACUGCGCCAGCCCAGAGGAGAGGGGGGAGAGCCCUGCCUCCAGCGGCCCCCCGCCCUGCAAGUUGAGCUGUGUGGAGGUCAACGGCAGCCCCGCAAACCCACAAACCCGACAGAACAGCACGCCGCUGAGACCACUAGGAGGUCUGAUGAUCCCAGUCUAUUGUGUGGUCGAGCACGCAGACGUGGGAGUGACCAGCGACUGUGACGGCCGUGGCGAACGCCACGCCGAGUUUGUGCUUGUUCGUAAGGACGUCCUCUUCACCCAGCUGGUGGAGACGGCGCUGGCCGCCCUCGGCUACUCGCACCACUCGGCCGUGCAGGCUCGUGGCAUCAUUAAAGUGGGCCGGUGGAAGCCCAUGCCCAUCCAUUACCUGACAGACACACCAGAGGCAACGGUGGCCGACAUGCUGCUGGAUGUUUACCACAUGGUCACACUACGGAUCCUCCUGCACAGCUUCGCCCGGCUGGAGGAGCUGCCGUCAGAGCAGUGGACCCACGCCACGGUGAGGAACGCCCUCAGAGGGCUGCUCCGAGAGACCAACCAGAGCGCUCUGGCCAAGGAGUGUCCUCUCUCCCAGAGUAUGAUCUCGGCGAUAGUGAAUAGUUCCUUCUACGCCAACGUCUCCACCUCAAAAUGCCAAGAGUUUGGACGCUGGUAUAAGAAGUACAAACGCAUCAAAGGUGAAUACAUGGAGAAGAUGUGGUCAGCACAGGACAAAUCAGAUAUAAAAGUGGAGAGGGAAUUGGACCUUAGCAUCAUCAGCCAGCGCCCUCCCUCUCUCUUACCCUCCUCCACCCAUUUGGGCACCAUUGGUGGCCCCGGAGCUCUUCCCAUCAAGAGUGUCCUCGUAGAUGCCCACAACCCCACUCAGCCUCACUGUCUGCCCCACCCCGCCAACCAGCACCAUCCCAAUCCUCAGCUGCGUCCCCAGGCUCCACCGCUCCUGGGCCAUGGCAGCCUCCUGUCCCCUCAGCUCGUCCGUCAGCAGCUCGCCAUGGCUCACCUUAUCAACCAACAGCUGGCUGUCAGCCGCCUGCUCGCCCACCAGCACCCACAGGGAGUCAACCAGCAGUUCCUCAACCACCCGCCCAUCGCCAAGGCCUGCAAGGGCACAGCCAAUGAGCCAGGCCUCAACUGUUCAGGGCCGGAAGUCUCCCCUGACAUUUACCAGCAGGUCAGGAACGAGCUGAAGAGGGCCAGCGUUUCCCAAGCAGUAUUUGCCCGGGUGGCUUUUAACCGCACACAGGGCUUGCUGUCAGAGAUCCUUCGCAAGGAGGAGGACGUCCGCGCUGCCUCUCAGUCGCUGCUGGUCAACCUGAAGGCAAUGCAGAACUUCCUCAACCUCCCCGAGGGCGAGCGAGACCGCAUCUACCAGGAGGAGAGAGAGAGGAGCACCAACACCAACCACAUCCUCUCCACCAACCACAUCCACUCCACCAACCACAUCUCCAAUACAAGCACACACAGACACACACAGUCAAAGUGCAGCGUGCCCAGUGUCGAGCUGCCGCUGAAGCUCGACUCGCUUGUGAACAUCACGUCGGGGAUCUACGAGGAGAUCCAGCAGGAGAUGAAGAGGGCGAAGGUCUCGCAGGCUCUGUUCGCCAAGGUGGCUGCCAAUAAAAGUCAGGGUUGGCUGUGCGAGCUGCUCAGGUGGAAAGAGUGCCCGAGCCCCGAUAACCGCACGCUGUGGGAGAACCUGUGCACCAUCCGGAGGUUCCUGGGGUUACCGCAGUCCGACCGAGACCAGGUGUAUGAAGAGGAGUCGAGGCAGCAGCACAGCGACCGGCUCCACACCGUCCUCCACAUCCCUGAGCAGCAGGCACUCCACAGACAGCCCCUGCCACCUCUGACAUCCCCAUCUCCGAUUCAUGAAGACCCACAGCCCGUCCCACUGCCGGUGUUGCAUGGCUCAGAAGACGGGUCCCAGCGCGGGAUGAGCCCCGGCCUCGGGGGCGGGGGACCGAAAAGAGCCCGUUCGCGUACACGGAUUUCCUUGGAGGCCCUGGGGAUCCUGCAGAGCUUCAUUGGCGACAUGGGCCUCUACCCCGACCAGGAGGCCAUCCACACCCUGUCAGCUCAGCUGGACUUGCCCAAACACACCAUUGUCAAGUUCUUCCAGAACCAGCGUUACAACGUCAAACACCACAACCAGGCCAGAGAGUCGGUCGCCGAGGACGACAGGGAGAGCUUGAAUGCCAGCGAGGGAGGCGUUGGCAUUCUGGAGGGCCAAGGGGAGGAGGGCUUCUCUGCAUCCGACGAGUCAAGUGAGGACGGGAGAGGAUCGGUGGAGGUGUUCAGAACAGAGGGAGGAGAGGAGAGAGAGGAGAGAGAGGAGAGAGAGGUGGAAAUGGAGAAGGAAGAAGUGGAUGAUGGGAAAACCUCAGGGCCGGCAACUUCCUCCCUAUCCCCCUACAGCAGUCUGGACAGCCCCCACUCUGCAGAGCAGCAGAGAUAACAGCCGAGACACGAGACGGAGAGAUCAGAGACAAACAGAGGACAGAGACACAACUGUGAAGACCACACACACACACACACACACACACACACACACACCCGUCACCUUUAACAGAGCUGAUAAUCAGAGCUCUAUAAUAUCUGAAGAACUUUGGAAAAUACUGAUUAAUGGUUUGACUGGAACGGGAUCUGAAGGUAUUGCCUACCUUCUGAUACUGCCAGUCUUUUUGUUUUGAUGCCGUCUGCAGAAGGUCUUAUGCUGUCUGCAGAAGGAUAAUUUGAAAUUCCACAUCAGGAAAAAAAUACAUAUUUCCUCCUAAAUGUUAAGUGUUGUUUUCAGGUGAGGAUGGAACAAGUAUUAGAUCGUCACUACAUUCCUCACAGAUGACACACGGUGGUACUCCACCAAACAAUCUGCAGAAGAAUUUUUGAUCAGUUUUCAUCCUAAAACUCUUCAGCCAUCUUUAAAGAUGACGAGCUUUAUGUUUAUUUGUUUAUUACGUUUAUGCCGAGAGGGCUCACACUGACGUUUUCCUUCUUAUAGGCUGAGAUGUCAUUAAAUGCAUAACUUAUUGUCAGAGUAUCCUUCCCAUGCCGUAAGCAGCCGCUACAUCAACGGAGCUGAAUGGGACACUUGAGCCUUUACUGACAAUAAAUCAAUUCCAUCCCACCACCACAUAUUAAUAUUUAUUACUAACUUUGUAUCUAUAAAAAUCAAAUGAUUAUUGUUGUAAUCAUAGUUUUGCUAUGGUUUAGUUUGAUAUGACUACAAAUGUCUCUGUAAAUGUGACAAAAAAAGAAGUCCGAGCUCAGUGUUACACAGUUUGAGUUUUAAAAUGAUGAUCCUUUUUGUUUACUUUUUCUAAAACCGACUGAACAGUUUUCUAGUGGACGACAAUGUACAUUAUGAUGUAAAUGAUGACAAUCCACCUGCAAAAGUGAACCUGUCGCCAUACGUGGGAAUGCAGCACUGACACUGUUUUGUGCUACAAAGGAACUGGGUAUGAGAACAGACGAUCUGCUGUUUCCUUUUGACAAUCACCUCUGUCCUUGGAUGGAGCGCACAACGUUUAUCGAUUGGUUCCACCUUCAAUGUUUAACCAUCGUUUGUUUGAGUCUGUUUGUCGCCAGGAUGUGAAAAUCUGAUAAAACAUUUCCAAAAUA